UUGGGAUUGGGUAAAACUGGGUAUCAGCAAGAUGUAUUCAACGGCAAGCUCCCCACCCCCCCAACCGAAAAGCUCCAGCCACUAACAUUUGCUCUUUUGAAAGCCAAUUAACUUGAAUUGUCACUAUUCAUUCCAGACGGACCGUUUCUCCCUCACCGUGUGCCUGUGGUGCUUGCCUUGCUCUCAUGUGUCAGUGUGUGGCUAACUGCACACUGAGUAGAAGCACAUGCUACGUCCUUUUAGCAUCCAUUGUUUCCCUUUGCCGAUGUGGGGAGAAAGGGCUGUACUCACUAUGAGGGGUACUGAAAGCUGUGAACUGACAUUGUUUAAAAAAGCUGUUUCACGUCGACGGACAUUUUAUACAUUUCUGGAAGUUUCCGAUGCAGUACUGGCUGGCUUUACAAUGCCAAGUAGGAAGGUCUUUUGUAUUUUCUUGCUUUAGACCACAAAUUCUUGAAUGCCCCGAUACCCACCAUUUUAAAGCUGGCAGGUCACUGGAAACUUGCGCACGUAUUUCAAGUCAUUUGUCGUACACAAAGUGUUUGGGUCAAUUAAAAAAUGUACACUGAAAUUUGAAAUAUCCAAAAACCCAUGAAACCUGUAUUUUACUCUUGAGGGGAAGGUCCAAUUCAAAUGCGGGCCAAGCACGCCAAUGUACAUAAUGCACUGUAUAGAUUUGUAACACUGUCAUUUUAAACAAAUUGCCAUUCUACACUGGUUUUAACAGUUUAGUCUAAUCUGUUUUAUUACAUUUUGGAAUAUGAAAAAUAUUGUCUGCUAAUUUCUGUGGUAUAAAUGGCCAUUUUUACAAUGCUGUACUGUUGAUCUGUUUAUGAAUAUUUUAAUGUAUUCCUCAUUAUUGCGAACAGUUAUUUACUGGCGAGUUGGUGGCAUUUGGCUUGUUACUCCUGCUGUUAAGAGUUAAGUUUCCCCAGUGCUGGAGUGUCAGUUAUGUUCUGGUUUCAUUCCAGCUGCGCUUCAUCACAAGUGGUUAAUGGAUCAUUUGGAGCUGGAGAAGAAUAUACAGAUGAAUGCCUCCAGAUUCUGCACGGAACCGGAACCAUGUCAGGCGUUUUUGCCUAUGAAAGCUCAGAGGUGGACUGGUGCGAAGACAACUACAAGCACUCAGAAAACGUGGUGGAAUAUUUUAACACGAUGAGCAGUUUCGUCUUCUUCGUGGUCUCUCCCAUCAUGCUCUAUCUGUUCCACCCCUACGCCAGGGAGCGGAACCUGGCCGUACACCUGGUCUGGUUCAUGAUGAUAUUCGUAGGCCUCUUCUCCGUGUACUUCCACAUGACGCUGAGCUACGUGGGGCAACUGCUGGAUGAGAUCUCUAUCCUAUGGGUGCUGGCCAUUGGCUAUGCCCUCUGGUUCCCACGGAGACAUUUCCCCUUCUUCGUCAAGGACAGGUCGUCUUUCUCCAGGAUGGUCCUUGUGAUCACCGUGGUCACCACCCUGUCCUCCUUCAUCAAGCCCACUGCCAACGCCUACGCUCUGAACUGCUUCGCCAUCCACAUCCUGUACUCCCUGGGCCUGCAGAUGCGCAGCUGCACGGACCGCCGGGCCGUGCGAUUGGCCCAGGUCUCCGUGGGCCUGUGGGUGCUGGCCAUCGCCUGCUGGGUCAGCGACCGGUUCGGCUGCGGCGUCUGGCAGAAACUCAACUUCUGCUACCUGCACGGCAUCUGGCACAUACUGAUCGUGGUGGCCACAGCGUACGGCAGCACCCUGAUUGCCUUCCUGGAUGCCUCCUAUGAGAUCCCCCACUCCCUCCCCAACCUCCAGUACUGGCCCCGGGACAACUGGGUCCUGGGCCUGCCCUACAUCGCACUGCAGGGGUCCCCAAAAACACACAAAAGGUGUUAA